CCUGUCACUGGUAACAGUUCUGAUCGGGUGUUUUGGUGUUUUGACAUUGAUGUAUCUACGUUUGUUUCUCUGUUUUAUGUUUUGGACUUUAUUUUCACAAAUCUGAUUAUGUACGAUCCGAUAGGCAAUCGAAACCUGUGGAUAUUACUUUUGGUCUACAUAACUUCAGUCGCGGCGUAUCAUGUAGACCUUAUCGACAAUGGACCCAUUGUAAAAGGAGCAAAUAUAACAUUUAAAGCCACACUAUAUGACGACGAUAAUAACUUAGCUAGUGGUUCCUUUAAAUACGGUUGGGUGGAUACUGCUGUACCUGUCCAUUCGAGGGAGUAUGAGACAAAGAAUCCUGAAGACACGUGGACCAUUUUAUAUAAUGAUACAGUUUAUCCGGCUGGUCGAUACGUGGUUCAAGUGCAAGUCUACAAAUAUUAUAUAUUGUUUUGGACUGAAGUGGCCUCCAGUAGAGUAGAUUUUCAUAUCAAUGAAACCUUAAACGGUGAAAUAUUGCUCAUUCAGAAAAAUCAAACCAGAAACAGCGUUUACGUAUCAAACGCAGACACUGUAAUUCACAAUGUUUCACUCAAACCAACGGACGCUGAUUUCAUCAAACGAGCUCCUACGGUCUUAACGUACUGGUUUGUGGACUGCACUUACUAUGGUUUCCGACGCGAUUUCAUCUUCCCUUUCAACUACACCCAAGCAGAACAGGAACAUUUCGUCGAGGCGUUGGUAGUAGCUGAUUUCACCCCUUUGCCUCCUCCCACUACCACAACUCCAUCAACUACAACAUCCACUACAACAACAACUAAACCUACGACUACUUCUAAGACGACGACAACUAGUACAACCACCACACCUAAACCUACUACAACAAAAUCGUCAACAGUUGCACCCACUACAACACCGCCUGUCAACAAAACAGUUGGGAAGCGAGACGUGAAACAACAAACGGUGAGCAACCAAACGUCAAAAAUUAUGGUUAAUGUUAACGGAACGCUCCAACCCUAUCAGGGAAUAUUUCCUUUUGUCUGUAACAGUACCCAAGUCGUCACGGACCCGAGGAAGACCUACGGGUAUUUUGCGAAGAAAAUCAAAGUUAAAGCUCCUGUGUCCAAAGUCAAUGUUACUGGUAACAAUUGGCUCCAACAUGGAGAUUUACUGUCCUUAAAUGUCAAGUGUCGCGGAUCUAAAAAUUUGCAGUAUUGCGUCAGGUACGAAAAAGGUGUCUAUAAUGUCACAGGCAAAGAAAAUUGCUCGUAUUCUCGAGAAUUAGAAAAGUGCGAAUUUCCUAUUCAACGCUAUUUUACUGAGUCAAUGGAAUAUACAAUUAUUAUUAUAAUUGAAAACGAAGUUAGUAAAGUAGUUACUCCAGUCGCUGUUACUGUAUACAAAGUGAAGAAACAACCGCAGUUGUCUGUAAUUGUCGUUCCUGUGGCGUUUAGUCUAGUCGCUGUGGUGCUAAUCGUGUUCGGGGUGGCAUAUUAUCUCCAGAAUCGAUCCAGAUUCGUGGUUGAAGUAGCCGAUUUCAACUUCGGUCAGAACUACAGCGACAUGGAAUACAAGACUUUCAAAGAGAGAUUGCGUGAUUCGAUCGCGAAUGCGUUUUUUACGAGAGCUCCUAGCCCUGGUUCGUCGGAAGUGCCCGUCUGGCCGCCGGGACGAAAAUACGGAAGUAUGACGAGUUAAGUGAUUCUUACACUGAUCUGUAAACAAUAGUGAGAUUCGCCUAAGAUUGGAAUAUACGCAACAGUAUGGCGUUUUCUGUCGUAGGAUAUUUUGUCAAUUUUCUGACAAAUUGUUUUGUGAUUGUAUUUAUUUGUAAGUUGUUAUUCCGCUUGAUUGAGUCACUGUCCAGUUUUUUGUAUUAUAUUUUUAUAGGGAGUGCACUUGUCAUAAUCACAGUCUGUUAUAUAAGGUGAUAUAGUUUAUACUCUGCUUGCGAUUAUAGUGAGGGCAAGAGAUUAGUGAGGUCGAAUUUUCUAAUAUCGUUUAGCCAUCCAUUUUAUGUUAUAUAUUUACAUAUCUAGUUUUUGUGUUGUUAUUAUUAUAUUGCAUUAUAUUUUCUACUAUACUCAUGAAGAGAAGGAAAGCAGAAUAAAAUAGUUUAACAGAUA